AUGAAAAUCGAAGUAAAUUUCCGUGGAAGUGGUGAUCAUGAUGAUGAUAAGAAUUUAUGUUUUUUAGAAAAAUCUGCUGUUGAAAAUAUUAAAACUAAAAAUGAUUUAAUAGAAUUAAUUUACAAUAACUUUAACAAAACUCAUUCAGAUUUUUUCAAAGAUUUAUUUGACUUUUCAGAUGGUACACUCUGUUUAAUAGAUGAUGUUGAAAUCAAUUUAUUUAAUGAAGAAGAAAUAAAGAAUAUUCAGAAAAUUGAUAUCAUUACAACUCUACAUGGUGGAUAA